UCAUGGCUGGCGUCAAGAAGGGAAAGCGAGUCAGUUUCGCGUCUCCUCUAGAAGAAUCGAGCGCUCCACCAUCACCUUCACCUGCCACAUUCACGACAGGAAUACCAACCAUGUCGGGGCUGUUUGGUAAUCUCGGUGGCAAGCCUGCUGGCAAUGGCGGUCUCUUUGGAAACACAGGAUCCACCCCUGCGACGACGCAACAACAGGGCUCAUCAUUGUUUGGCUCUGCGCCUGGAGCUGCUGCUACUGGAGGAGCUUCUUCUGGAGGUCUUUUCGGCGCCCAGCAACCACAACCCGGUGUCAAGCCCGCUCUGUCGCUCUUCAACAACUUCAAUGCACCUGCGCAACCCGCAUCUACCGGCUCCAAUCUGUUCGGCGGCGCGUCCAACCCUACACAACAACCUGCUACCGCUGCUCCGGGUCUCUUUGGAACAGCCCCCACCUCUGGAAGCAACCUCUUUGGAGCUACCAACAAUGCGCCAGCUCCCGCGAAUCCUCAACAGUCUGCAUUUGGUGGAAACACUCAAGAGCAGAAUGCCAGACCCGUCUACUUUGACAACCUGAUCGAGCGCAACAUCAAGAGACAGGGAGUCGAGGCUGGCACUAGCGCACGCAUGGGAGCUUUCGGAGAGCUACCUACACUGCAACUCGGCUUGGGCGACAUCCAGAAGAAGGUGCGCGGACUGGGUCAACAGUACACACCUGACAGCAAGGCCCACUACCUGCUCGCUGCCUCGGGUGUCAACACAAGCAAGGCUCUACGCGAUCUCAACAUCUUCACAAACAGCUCUGCUGCAAAGGCCCCCGCUCCUAUCGCUGCAAACGACCCCCUGUACGGUGAUCUCGAUACCUACGUCGAAAGUCUAUACCAAAAGGAAAAGAAGGACCUGUUCGAUGAGUUCAUGGAAGAUUCCAAGAGAGACUUCGACCAGUUCAUCGAGGACAAUCUGCAGUGCAACUGGGAGCAGAAGCGCAAGCAAAUCUACGAGCACUUUGGAAUCACAAAGAAGUCGGACAAGGCAGAGGCUAGUUUCGAGGGCACAACAACCGAUGGCGCACGCGGCGCAUUUGGCCGUUCGAGCCGCAGAGCUCCUNUCACCAACUCGGCGGGUGCCUCGAGAAUGGGCUCCAAGUCUGUACUCGGCGCUACUGGCAGGCAGACCUCCAGAGCCAGCCAGUUCACUGAUGUGGCUGAAAAGGCGCCUGCUGGUCUGCAGAAUGUCAGCGAGAACCGCAUGCUCAGAGACAAGCAGGACAGGUACUCAAGCAAGGUCAAGGAGCUCAACAUUGCCCGCAUCGAGGGUCGCCUCUACCCGCUAGUGCACAAUUUCGUCGACGUCGAGGCACAACCUUCAGCUGAAGACACAUCAAAACUCGUCGACGCUUACAAGGCUCUUGCCGACAUUGUCGGCGAAAGCCCCGACAUCCAGACCUCAUCCGACCCUCGCGCCAUCAAGGAACGUCAAUUCGCACAAGACUACCUCGACGACGCACUCAACUCACGCAAGGCUUUCGAUCUUCGUAAACGAAUCAUCGACGGCUCCAGACGUUUCCUCGAAAAGCAGUUCCUCGCCCAGCUCGAGACCGCCAUCCUCAAGAAUGCAAAGGAGGCUGCUCUCGGUGGUGUCCCUUCGGUCAUCAACAAGGUUCGCGCCUACGUUCGUCUGCGUGCUGCUCGCAAGGAACUUGGUCCAGACACCAGCGAGCUGCAGAUGAUCAAUGAAGAUUACCCCUGGGUUCUUAUCUUCUACCUUCUCCGCGCCGGUCUUGUUAACGAAGCUGCCGAGUAUGUGGCCGACAAUGAACGUGCCAUCAAGGCUUGCGACCGCAACUUCCCUCUUUUCCUUGCCGCCUACGCCCGCAGCACUGAUCGUCGCCUUCCUCCUGAGCUGCAGACCAGAAUCAACAACACAUACUCUCAACGUGCACAAUUCGCUCCCGAGAACAGUGUCGACCCCUACCGCAUGGCCUGUUUCAAGAUCAUCGGUCGCUGCGAGCUUGGCAGACGCACCCUCGACAGCAUCAACCAGAACAUGGAAGACUGGGUCUGGCUGCAGUUCGUGCUUGCACGUGAGGUCAACCGCGUUGAGGAGACUGCUUCCGAGGUCUUUGGUCUCGACGAUGUCAGAAAUGUCAUUCACGAGGUCGGUCAAAGGCAUUUCGUCCAAGGUGCUGAAGGCGCUGCUGGAUAUGGCACCUACUUCUUCCUUCAGAUCUUGGCUGGCCAGUUCGAAAGCGCCAUUGCCUGGUUAUACCCCAACAACUACCUCAGCGCUGCGCACUUCGCCAUCGCGCUCAAUUACUACGGGCUGUUGCGUGUCAAUGAUUACAGCAACUCUGAGGACCUUUUAUCAUACACCACAAGCCAAAAGCCCCAGAUCAGCUUCGCUCAUCUGAUUGGCUACUACACCAAGGACUUCCGUGCCCAAUCGCCAACUACUGCCGCUGACUACAUUGCUUUGAUCUGCUUGAAUGGUGACCUAGGUGGAGAACUUGGCCAGCGUCAAGUCGCACUCUGCCACGAUGCUCUUCGUGAACUUGUCCUUGAGACUCGUGAAUUUGCUCAAUUGCUCGGAGACAUUCGUUCUGAUGGUCAACGCAUUCCCGGUUCCAUCGAGCAACGUCUGAAGAUCAUCCGCAUUGCUGACGAGAGGGCGUUCUUGCGCUACAUUACUAUAAGCGCUGCUCAGAUUGCUGACGACAAUGGUCGCGUUACUGAUGCCGUUCUGCUUUACCACCUGGCCGAAGAGUACGACAACGUCAUUACUAUCUGCAACAAGGCUCUUUCAGAAGCCAUCAGCGUCGAGCUGGGCGAUGCACCUCUGCGUCUCACUCCCCUCAAGCCUCGCGAUCCCACCGCCGUCGAGACUUCUGCAUCUCUCAGUCUGACCGCCGUCGAGGACCCUUACACACUGACCCGCAACAUGCGCGCCUUGUACGAGAGCAACCAGCUCCACGCCGCCAAGAUCAAGCAAGUCAACCGCGAGUCCUGCACACUCCUCCUCGGCAUGGCAGAAGCCAAAUCACUCGUCGCCGAAGGUCGCUGGGCUCUUGCCCUCGAUGCGCUCAACAGCUUGAACUGCCUUCCCAUUUCUGCAGGCGGCAACAUGAGCCUCAUCCGUGCAUCCGCCAAUGCCUUUAGCAACUUGCCCCCACCCGUCGCCCGCAACAUUGGUAACCUGCUCAUCUGGACCAUCACCUGCUGCGGCCAACAGCGCGAUUACCUCCGCUCAUCGCCCUCGGGCUUCGAAGAGCGCGGGCGUGAAAAGGUGGCCGAUGAUAUCCUGCAGGUUGCAAAGGACACCAUGGUCUUUGCUGGCUUGAUCCAAUACAAACUGCAGCCCAGAGUAUUCGAGGUGCUUACCCGUGUUGGUGGUGACGUUGGUGCUUAC